GAAAUGGAUGAGUUGGGUGACCACAAGCAACCCGUCAUAAUACCGGCCCAACAGUUGACGAAUACUAUGCGUCGCCGUCAGAAACCACAGUCCGAUGGGAUGGUUGUGAAGCCCGUGUUGUGUGGUCUCAGGACUCUCGAUGUGAACAAGACGUUAGGCGUCGCGCUCAUCGAGUUGUCCACUAAUGUCACGAAAUAUAAUUUCAUUGAAUGCUAUUUGGCUUUCAAGACAUCCUUUGUUUUGGGUGACAAUCGUUUCUGUAGACAAGUCAAGCAUAUUAUGGGAACUCCGAUGUCUAUCAAACCUCAUAAAAUGAAUUACAGUCAAGACGUCGAGCCCCUGCCCCUCAACAUCAUCAAGAAGCUGAUGGUUAGGGGCAAUGGAGAGAUACCGGUGCACAUACACCACAAUCGCAUUACACUACCCCUUCAUGCGAGUAGGAAAGACAAAAAAGAUGUGGUCAUUGAAUGUCGAAAUAUUCCCGACUAUUUUGAAUGGACUCUCAAACGGCUCGACCUCAGUAGGCCUUCCCUUCCCUCUCCACAAACUAACAGUGAUUAACAACCCAACCAAUCAUAGUCUCCAUUCAUUACUACUGUAUUAGACUUUUCCGGUAUUUUACAAAGUUUUUAAACUUAGUUAUACCGUACAUACUUUAUAAUGUUUUUGAAUUGAAUUGUGCC